UUACGUUUUUAUUAAACAUUAGCCAACAGGAGAGGGUUGUUUACUUAAUUUACUUUAUUAAAUGACAAUAUUUUCUUCGUGUAGUCUGUUAAAUAAUAUUUCACUUAGCGUGGCGUUCAACAGCAGGAAGAAACUAAACUUGGCACGUUUUUAAUGUUCCUAUGUGCAGACGUGUAAUGUCGACACACUGUAGAUCUUCUGGCGAUGAGAGCAAUCAUAUUUUCUCCAGUUAUAUGAACCUUCAUCCAUAUCAUCACUCAGUUCUUCCAACAAACGCUUUAUAACGUGUUUAUGUGGUUUUCUCUCUAACAGAAGCAGGCAGACGUAGUCCACCAUUUGAUCGUCCUGACAUGAGCGACCUGAGGGUCGUGCUUCUAGGAAAGAACAGAUCAGAAAACAGACGGGUGGCAAAGGCUUUACUGGAUACAAUAGUGUUUGACGGCGAAGCUCCGUCUCAUUCACUGCAGGACAGUGAGAAAAUCACAGGAGUAACGCAGGACAGAAAGAUCUCGGUCGUCAUCAACACUCACCUGCUCCAGACGCAUCUCUCCCAUCAGCAGGUCACACACCGCGUGAGAGAGUGCGUGCGUCUGUCUGCUCCGGGACCGCAGGUGAUCCUACUCGUCCUGCAGCGGCACGACUUCGGCGAGGACGACAGACACCGAGCGGAAACCGUGCUGAAGCUCUUCGGUAAACGGGCCGUGAGACACACCAUAGUGCUGACCACCGAUGAAGAGGCACGCGGAGCAGUGGUCACUCCGAAGAGUAACGCCGUUCGUGAUUUAAUAACGGAGUGCGGAGGAGGGCACCUGCGCUUCGACGCGGUGAGAGCCGAGUUCUUCAAAAAGACCCAGGAGAUACUCCUGAGAGAACGUGAAGAGUAUCUCAUCUGUGGCACGUUUGAGGAUGAAGAUCUCAAAGAGAGCACAGAAUCACGAGCCGGAGGAGGUCUGUAAACGUCUUACGAAUCUCUGUUUUGUCCUUUUUAUAGUAAGAGGUUUGUAGAGACCGGACAUGAUGGACGGCAUGAGGGAUAACGUCCGUUUAUGAUCAGGAUUCGUUAAUCCGCUGUCAUUUCCCACUGAUUUUAGGAAUGAUUCACGGUUAGGGUUAUAUCCAGAAACCGUGUGUUCAUGUGUACUGUUUUGUUGUAUUACGGUGCAUAUAUUCUAUUGUUUUAGUAAUUAUUGAUGUGAAUCAAUGUGAGACGGACCAUACACACCGCGACAUGCAAGACAAAGCUGUGCAAAGAGUAAUUGGAUAGAAUAAUUGUAUUCAUCAUCUUAAAGCUAAUCAAUGUCUCUAUUUAUUCAUUUAACAGACCUUUGGAGUUUAGGGACUGUGGUGAUAGAAAAUCCAGGAAGUAAUUAAAUUCUG